AUGCUCUGCCAGGGCGUCCUAGCCCCCAUCCUGCCCCACACCACCGUGUGGGGCGAGGGGCUGAGUGCUGCCCGCACCCCAUCACCGGGACACUCCCUGCCCCACUCACGGCCCCACCGGGACGGGCUCAGCCCCUUCGCCCCGGUCCUGCCGCGGCCAGCCCGGCCCCAGGCCGCCGCACUGGCCCCAGCGGGGAGCCUGGAGGUGUGGGUGCCGGAGCGGCUCACCUUCAGCCUCUGGGACUACGGAGUCUUCGGGCUGAUGCUGCUGAUCUCCACCAGCAUCGGGCUCUUCCACGGCCUCGCCAAAGGUGGCCAGAAAACCUCGGAGGAUUUUUUCACGGGGGGACGACGCAUGUCGGCUCUGCCCGUGGGGCUCUCGCUUUCGGCCAGCUUCAUGUCGGCCAUCCAGGUGCUGGGGGUGCCGGCAGAGGCGUACCGGUACGGAGCCAAAUUCCUCUGGAUGUGCCUGGGGCAGCUGCUCAACACGCUGCUCACCGCCCAGCUCUUCCUCCCCGUCUUCUACCGCCUGGGGCUCACCAGCACCUACGAGUAUCUGGAGCGGCGGUUCAGCAGGAGCGUCCGGCUGUGCGGGACCCUGCAGUACGUGGUGGCCACGAUGCUGUACACGGGGAUCGUCAUCUACGCUCCCGCCCUGAUCCUCAACCAAGUGACCGGUCUGGACAUCUGGGCGUCCCUGCUCUCCACCGGCGUCAUCUGCACCUUCUACACCACCAUAGGCGGGAUGAAGGCUGUCAUCUGGACGGACGUCUUCCAGGUCUUUGUGAUGCUCUCCGGCUUCAUCGCCAUCAUCAUCCGGGGGGUGUUGCUGGUGGGGGGUCCCGCCAGGGUGCUGGGCAUCGCCGCCAACGGCUCCAGGCUGAACUUCGGCGACUUCAACCCGGACCCGCGGAGCCGGUACACGGUCUGGACCUUCCUGCUGGGCGGCACGCUGGUCUGGCUCUCCAUGUACGGCGUCAACCAGGCCCAGGUCCAGCGCUACGUGGCCUGCAGGACCGAGAGGGAGGCCAGGAUGGCGCUGCUGGUGAAUCAAGUGGGGCUCUUCUGCAUCGUCUCCAGCGCGGUGGCCUGUGGCCUUGUGAUGUUUGCGCUGUACAAGGACUGCGAUCCCCUCCUCGCCGGCUACAUCUCAGCCCCGGACCAGUACAUGCCCUACCUGGUCCUUGACAUCUUCGAGACGUUCCCGGGGGUGCCGGGGCUGUUCCUGGCUUGUGCCUACAGCGGGACCCUCAGCACGGCCUCCACCAGCAUCAACGCCAUGGCAGCCGUCACCGUCGAGGACCUCAUCAAGCCCAAGCUCCCUGCGCUGUCACCGCGGAGGCUGGCCCUCAUCUCCAAGGGGCUGUCGCUCGUGUACGGCACCUCGUGCAUCACGGUGGCAGCUCUGGCCUCGCUGCUGGGUGGCGGCGUGCUGCAGGGCUCCUUCACCGUCAUGGGGGUGAUCGGCGGCCCGCUGCUGGGGGCCUUCGUCCUGGGCAUCUUCCUGCCGAUGUGCAGCACGGCCGGCGCACUGGGGGGCCUGGGCGCCGGCUUCGCCCUCUCCUUCUGGGUGGCCGUGGGGGGCACCCUCCACCCCCCCAGCGCGGCCGCCAUGGGGGUGCUGCCCACCUCCGGAGCCCUCUGCCCGCUCUACAACCGCAGCGCCGGCGCCAACCGCACCGUCCUCCUGGGACCCCUGCCCCCCCGCGAGCAGCCCCCUGCCCCGGCCCGGCCAGCCAUCGUGGGUGACUUCUACGCCAUCUCCUACCUGUACUACGGGGCGCUGGGGACCCUCACCACGGUGGUGGCCGGGCUCCUGCUCAGCUCCCUGCCAGGGCUGACCAGGCGGAGGCAGCUGCCCCCGGGCGUGCUGUGGCGGGACAUCUCGAAGCAGGUCUCCUUGGUGUCCCCCACGGGCACCCAGAGCCCCCGGGAGGAGCCCCCGGACAAGGCUGGAGCCCCCCAGGCGCGGCCAGUGAGGCCGGACUGGGAGGGCGGCCCCCCCCAGGGCUCCCCCGAUCCCGGCACUGCCACCGACCUGCUGCUGCGGGAGACCCACGUGUAG